CUGCCAUCAACGAUGACACAGUGAACUCCUUGCUGCGCCUGGUUGGAAUGCAGUUGAACGGAACGGCCAGUACCGUCACGAUGGCCGCCGCCUCCGAGCCGCCCGAGCCGCCACCGCGGAAUCCGGACAAAAUCAACGCCUCGCUGAAGCAGCUCGCCGAAUCGAAAACUCGCUCACUGGACACGGCCGAUAAGACGGCGGCUGCGUCGAGCACGACCAGCAACGGUGGCCGGCCAUUCCGGCCAAUCCUCUCACUGGACAAUGCCAAACCGACCAAACCAUUCGAAGCAGCCGACCGUGGAACACCCACAUCCGCACCGAUCCUACCCUUCGGAAGUGCCACCGGAACCGGAAGCGACCACCAGCCGGCAACCGGCCAUGUGGGACCCGAGCCCGGUACCAGCACCAGCGGGCAACGACAAUCGAACCUAGCAAGCUUAUCGUCCUCGUCCGGUGAGGCGAUGGCAGCUGCAGCUGCGUCGACGGCCAACGGAACCACCGGUGAAGGCGCUGGCCCGAAUCCGUUGGCCUCCGGUAGCGGUUUGGAUAAAGCACCCGGCCAGAAACAGCCCAGCCCGACCGCUACCGGUGAAGGCGAUAAUCUUUUCAAGAACGGUGUCACCGAUCUGGAAUCGCCACAAACGACCAAGAUUCGGCUGGAGAACGAGCGGUUGUCAGCUGAGAUUACGCGGCUGAAGCGACUGCUCGAGAACUCGCCGGAUGGUGCGGUCGGUGGAAUUGACAUGCUCUCGGAAAGCAACAGCUUCGAUGUGCACUCGGCCGAGGAUAGCAGUGGCAGCAAGAUGGAGAAGCUGGAGAACGAGCUGCGAAUAUCCAAGGAGCUGAUUCAAAGUUUAAAGCUCGAACGCAAAAAGCUCCGCUCGGACAAAACCGACCUGCUGUCACAGGUGAAGCAGCUGUGCGCCUCCCUGCAAGAUAAAGAGGCAGAGUUGCGUAACUUUAUCCGCAACUACGAGCAGCGGAUACGCGAGUCCGAAACGAACUCAGCCAAACAGAGCACGGACCGGGAACGCGAAAGAUGGUCCCUGCUGAAGCACGCCCGUGACGAAGCCGAACGCUCGAUUGCACUUGCAGCGCAGCUGAAUGCACGCGACAUGCAACUGCAGCGGACGCAGGAGCAAUUGCAGGAAGCUCGCCGGCAACUGUCAGGAUGUAUGUCGGAUCAGGAGAGUCUCGUCUCGGCUGCCCCGCUAACACCGCCGUCCGGAUUGAUGGCACACAACCCGGCAGCUCCAGCAUCAACGCCGGGUGUUGGGUACAGCAACAUCAGCGGAACACCCGGAGAUCGUGGUUCGUGUAGUGCCGAUUCGGGCGUGAGAGACUUCAUUGCAGGAAGCAGUGAUCGCGAGAGUGCUGCCGGCGAUCUGAACCUCAGCGAUGGGCCGUGUGACAAUGGGCCCUGCAUACAGGUGGACUCGGACAGUGUGUCGCUGGUUUCCAGCCACCACAACGUGUACCAGUAUGGAACGCCGAAGGAGCGAAGUCCGACACUGUCACCGCUGAACGCUGGAGCUUACUCGAGGUCCGUGGAUAGUGCCGCUCUCUCCAGCUCUUACAGGUCCGUCGAGCAGCUCGGUUCACCGGUGGACAACGAGAAUCAAACCUUCGCCCGAAGACUGCAGCAGCAACAAUCAGCGGGUGGUGCAACGGCCACGGCAUCCUCGUCGAAAGCGACCACCGGGCUAACGGGACGAACUGGCCGCGGUGGCACCUGGGGUAGCAUAUCGCGCGUGUUCGCACGUAGCCGCAACCGCAACAAGAACGCACCGAUCGAUACCGAGGCGUCUGACUUCCAGUGGAGUCCGCUCACGGAGGAAGGAUACGCCGAGAAGUUGCGGCUGUUGCGAGAGGCCUCCUCGAUGCCGAUGGAACGCUGGAGGGCGUCGCAGGUGCUCGCGUGGCUUGAGGUAGCUCUCGGUAUGCCUCAGUACAGUGGGCGUUGUGCGGAGAACGUCAAAAGCGGCAAGGUGCUGCUGGAGCUAAGUGACGCCGAGUUGGAGACUGGACUUGGCACUACGCAUCCGAUGCACCGGAAAAAGCUGCGGCUUGCGAUCGAGGAACAACGUCGACCGGAGUUGGUACGCUACCCGACCAUUGGCCAGCUAGGACACACCUGGGUGGCGUCAGAGUGGCUACCCGACAUUGGACUGCCACAGUACGCGGAAUCGUUCAUGCACUCGCUCGUGGACGCACGAAUGUUGGACACCCUCUCGAAGAAGGAGCUUGAGAAGUACCUGGGCGUCACCAGGAAGUUCCACCAGGCGAGCAUAGUGCAUGGAAUCCAUGUGCUGCGUAUCAUGAAGUACGAUCGGCAGUCCAUCGCCAUGAGACGUCUGCAGUCGGAGAACGUCGAUACCGAUCCGAUCGUGUGGACUAAUCAGCGUUUUGUUCGCUGGGCUCGAUCGAUCGAUUUGGGCGAGUACGCGGAUAACCUAAAAGAUAGUGGCGUCCAUGGUGGGCUGGUCGUGCUGGAGCCUUCCUUCUCUGGGGACACGAUGGCGACGGCCCUUGGCAUACCGCCCUCGAAGAACAUCAUCCGCCGGCACUUGGCCACCGAAUUCGAGGCACUCAUCCUGCCGGCAAGAACGACCAUGGGCCAAGGAAUCCGGACCGGAGGCGGUGCGGUCAUUCCCAUCGCGAGUGGAAUCGGGAUGGUGCCCGCGGUUCCUGGCGAUCGUCGCAAUACCGGUAGCUUGCGCUUCGCCGCCUGGAAAGGAUCUCAGGGCUCACUAACGAAGGCAUUCCGUAUGAGCACGAACUACAAGACACGGGGAAGUGGCGCUAAUGGUGGCGGCAGUGGAGCCGGUUCCGACAAAAACAGCGUCUACAGCUCAACCUCACCAACGCCCUCAUUCAGCAGCAGCGAGGGUGGUAUCUACGCCACCGUCGGUUCGCUUCAGAGCCAUCCGGCUUUCUUCCAUCAUUUGCCACCACCGACGUCGGCGCCACCACCCAUUCCCGGUUGCUCGGGGCUGCGGUCAGUUGAGACAGGACCGGCUGGAGCUGGACCUUCGGAGCGACUCAACGCCACCAGCAACCGGGUCAGUGCGCCACCGCUGGAUAGCGGACACUCGACACUUCCGAAAUACGCCCAACACCGGCGAGUCAAGAGCAUCAGCGACAUCGAGAUUCCCUCCGUUGGACCGGUGGGUUAG